UCAGAACUUUGUGGGGGUUUUGUAAUAAAGAUCUGAAGCUGUUACAUAUACACCAUAAAAUUACAUUACUCAGUAAAAAGCUGCAAACCCAGAAUUUUUAUUCCUCAGUGCUCAUGAGCGCUUCCAGGCUGCAGCAACUGAAGAGUCAGAUUUUGCCUGAUAAUAAGCUCACAGCAAUGUCAGAAUCACCUAGUCCUCUGACCACACAUGUGCUGAACACUGCAGUGGGUGUCCCCGGGUCAAAUAUGGCCCUCAGCCUUUAUCAACAAGACCCCUCCACAAACACCUGGAAUUUAAUCACCACCGGGACCACUAAUGAUGAUGGACGUUGCCCUGGACUUAUCACAAAACAAUCAUUUAAAUCUGGUGUGUACAAAAUGCAUUUUGAGACGGCUCAGUAUUGGGCGAGUAUGGGAGAGACCUGCUUUUACCCGUAUGUUGAGAUUGUCUUCACCAUAAAUGACCCUGGGCAAAAGUACCAUAUCCCUCUGCUUCUGAGUCGUUUCUCUUACAGUACAUACAGAGGGAGCUAGAUAUCAAGCAAGAGGAACCUCCUGAGAUUACUCCACCUGUCAGCUGUUUGACACAUCACAUGAUGGCACUGAAUGAACUGUCACACAUAUUGGACAUAUUGACAAGGCACAAUACUCCAUUUCAAUUAUUCUUUUUGUUGUAAUAGUGCCACAAUACCAUAUUUUCUUUCUUUAAAAAAACAAAUA